GAGCACAAUUUAGCCAACUAAUGGGGUGUCGGCAGUGACGAGCAGCCCUGAACGCAGCACUCAACCCAAAACACAUCUGUAAAACUCAAGUCAGUUAUAGCCAAUCAGCAGCCAGCUGAUCACUGUGUUUACUUCCUAGGUGCACUUUAAUGGCAGUUGGAUGACCGCUUUAUUCGACAUUCAAACAAAUAUUUACAAGAAAGCUCAGAAACGUGAGUAAAUAGAAGCUUUCGACGGGACGUCAACGGGUUCACGGGAGCGCGCGCGUUGGCAACGGCAGAGGAGGCAGGCGCGAUCCCGAGGGAAGCGCGGGGACGCGCGCCCGCCACGGGAAAGAAGGCGAGCGUCCGUGCUUUCCUCCAUCGUCGGCCAGCCAGCGUCCAUCAAGUCAGCCAUUGCCUGAUUGUCAGAUGUCUCCAAAGACAGGUACACACAUACCGACAAUCUGUCCUACUUGAUUUACCUCCCUGUUGAUGAAAGCCAAAAUCCCGAUUGUCUGAUGUCUGUAAAAGAUUAUCCUGAGGGAUUAUUUUGUGGUGCGGGGUGUGUUAAAUGUUAUUGUUCUUCCCGGAUAUGCUGGGAAAACAGUCAGGGCCGACUGACAAUCGUAUUAUUAAACCUGUUCCAAAUCUACCAUAGCAAAUAUUUUGGCCGAGUACACGCAUGCCCACAGUUGGGCCUAAUUUGUCCUCUUUUCUGAUCAACGUUGGCAAAGGCCCGACUAUCAGAUGUCUAAAAAAAAAUAAAUAUCCGAUGGAAUUAUUCUGCGGUGGCGGCACGGUGAACGACUGGUUAGAGCGUCAGCCUCACAGUUCUGAGGACCCGGGUUCAAUCCCUGGCUCCGCCUGUGUGGCGUUUGCAUGUUCUCCCUGUGCCUGCGUGGGUUUUCUCCGGGCACUCCGGUUUCCUCCCACAUCCCAAAGGCAUGCAUUAAUUGGAGACUCUAAAUUGCCCGUAGGUGUGACUGCGAGUGCGAAUGGUUGUUUGUUUGUAUGUGCCCUGCGAUUGGCUGGCAACCAGUUCAGGGCGUACCCCGCCUCCUGCCCGAUGACAGCUGGGAUAGGCUCCAGCACGCCCGCGACCCGAGUGACGAGAAGCGGCUCAGAAAAUGGAUGGAUGGAUUAUCCUGCGGUGUGGGGUGUCUUAAGUAUGAUUGAAAAGGUUCACAAUGGGAAACAAGAUUAUUCGGAGGCGCGAGUCUGCAGUCAGCGCUCCUGGCUCACAGCAGGAUCCAGCCGAAGACGAAAAGACCACGCCGAAAGCAGGUGCUGAUGUGACUGCGGCUCAGCAGACUGUGCCAGCAGACGACUUGGACGUAGCGUUAGGGCAACAAGUGGCUGAGACGCCAUGUCUCCCCAAUGAAGAGUGCGUGAGCGUUCCUGAACCAAUGCCAGAGGCGUGUGUUAAGGUGGAUUUUGAGACCCUGCCAGUCUCGGAGAAUGCGCAAGUCCAAGAUGAGGAGAACGAUCCAUUUUCGUCUGCAUCUCCUUCACUUGACCUGAGCACCCCUCUUUCCUCUCCCCAACCCACAACCACCCCGCCGUACCAAACACCCAUCCCGAAGGAAGAGUUUGCAGACGUUCCCGCCGCUGAGGGAACUUCAGAUGGCACCGGGGCUGCUGUGAGCUCUACCUUGGAUCCAGAUCCUGAGUCGGAGGCAGGGGAUGCUGGGAAUUUGGAGACAGGGACUGAUGAGAAUUCAGAGGAAAGCCUAAGUAAAUGCCUGAAGGAGUUGUCGCUGAUGGGAAACGAUCCAGACCUCAUGGACCACACCCCCAUCAACAUUGGUGUGUCCGCUGAGCUGGUCUGUGGAUCAGAAGAUCCCUAGUCCCUCUAUGACAGGGGUGUCAAACUCUUUGUCUCAGGCUGCAUUGUAGUUAUGAUUUCCCUCAGAGGGCCGUUAGAACAGUGAAACCAUAUAAAUGUUUAAUCAUCACCAAAACAUUAUUACCAUUACACAACAAAUUGAGGGAUAACUAGUUUUGAAAGUAGAAGACAAGGAUAAUAGUUUGUUCAAGUAUUGUGUAAGUUACUGUAGACAAAGGUUUUGGUAACAGAAAAAAGCAAUAUCUCAACAUUAUUGUGUAUUAUUAUGACAAUUUGGAAUUUGGGAACAGAUUUUAGCAAAAAUCACGGAAGUUGAUGAGCAUGAUUUGCUUUCCCGGGCCACAUAAAAUGAUGUGGCGGGCCGCAUCUGGCCGCCGGGCCUUGAGUUUGACACCAUGCUCUACGAGAAUCCUCAAGGAAACACUGACACUGAUGUCCUUGGUUUUUGGAACAAUAAAAGAACAGCUUCAUUCCUGUGUUUCUUUAUAAACAUUUAUGCAGCAAACAGGUGUUCACAGUAAAAGGAUUUAUCAUGGGGGUUUCGGGUGAACCGCAUACCGCAUUUCCACAAAUAGUGGCUCAAAGCUUUACUUACUCAACUACAGAUGGGAGGAUGCUAUUUGGGGCAGGACUUUGUACAAACAUGUUUUUGGAAUAAUAUGAAACAAUAUUACCAGUACAGUAAUCUCCCGAAAGUGGAGACUUAUGGAAAACGAGUUCCCCAUAAUGAUGUUACGUUUAGUGGAGACGGCAUCCUGAGGCACAAUUAUUGUUCCAGUAGACUUAGCUACAUUUUAUUGUUGUUGUUGUGACUUUCGGCUUGUCCUGUCAGGGGUUGCCAAAGCGAGUCAUCCACAUGAGUUGUUAGGCGCAGCAUUUAUGCCGGAUGCCCUUCCUGACUCAACCCACGUUUUAUUUAUUGGGUACAGUGGGUAUUGAGGUACUGACCAGGACACGUAGAAACAAACAAGUAUUCACACUCACAUUCACGCUUAGAGUCUUCAAUUAACCUACCGUGGAGAGAACAUGCAAACGCCACACAGGCCAGGGUGGGUUUUGAACCCGGGUCCUCAGAACUGUGAGGCAGAUGUGCUAACCUGUCGUGCACCGUGCCGUGGGGGUAACCUAUCCAUUAUAAGAACUUUUUUUGAUAUAUGAAAGAUAUGUAGCAUGAUCUAGAGGUGGGACCAAGUCAUUGCAAGUCACAAGUCAGUUGCCCUCAAGUCCGAAGGCAAGUUAGGCAAGUCCCGUGUCUAGUCCUAAAUUGAGACUGGCAAAUCCCAAGUCAAGUCGCAAGUCUUUCACUUUGAGUUUCAAAGUCUAGGACUUUCGACUUGGAUUGUGACUUGAAGUCGAGGCAGGCAAGUCCUGAGUCAAAGUCGCAAGUCUUGUUUCAAAGUGUAGGAUUUACGAGACUUUUGAGUUUCAAAGUGUCGGACUUGCGACUUGACUCAGGACUUGCUUGUCUUAACUUCGGACUUGAGGGGAAAGAGGAGACUGAAUUGCAAAUCAAAGACUUGGUCCCACCAACUUAGUUAAUUGCAAUGACUGCUCAUUUUUAUUUUCAAGAGGCGUUCAGUCGUCUUGCCGGUAUUUCAGAAGGACGGCCACUAUUUGAGGACAUGCAGUACUGGGACAAAAUAGAGUUUUCAUUUCUGCAAAGAUCAAUUCAUCAACUCUUCAAUUAUUUUUCAAAAAGGUCACCAAAAUGAACCAAAAAUCAUGCCCUUUAUAUUUACUUGCAUGUCAAUCAAGUGUAUUUUCCAUAGGGACAAGUUGUUAAUUAUUCCUUUCUGACUGCAAUAUACACAUCAUUGUGUUGUUGUGGAAGAAACUGCCUGAUAAAAGCAAGUUAUUCGACAAAACUAUGUUGUUUAGAUUGUGUUCCGUUCCUACAGUGAUGUAACCACCACUACUAACUCAGUUGUAAAGUCCCAAUUACAGUAAAUGUUUGUAUGAAAAAAACAAUCAAAUGAAAAAAAAAGUACAUCAGUUGCUGAGUGUGCCUUCACCCGUAAUAUGCUGUCGGUGAUAAGUCAUAUGGUCGACUCGUUAUAAGACAAAACCGUAUAGAUGUGAAUUGGUUGCAUGUGCACGGCCAAGCGUGAAGAGCGCACAUGUGCAAUUGAAAAGUCCUGCUCAGAUCAUGUUAGAGGCAUUGCCUUCUCACAGUCUAGGGGGGGCACAUUCUUUCCAGAGGAAGAAGUUUGGUUUUUGUGUGGCGGGGGCCUGGGUCAAACGUCCUCAAGUGUGAUUCUCGAUCCAUGAGAAAAUCUGCAGCAUCUCUCACCAUCCGGCCCAUCUUGACAAAUUAAGUCAUUGCCGUGGUAUGAGAGGCCACCACUGUCUCGCGCUGAAGCUUUAGGAAUGCUCCUCGGCUUCGUGUUUAUGGCUUGCAUAAUUUUUUUGUUCCAUGUUGCCUUCCAAGAAAUAGCGUUACACUCCAAACGUUUGAACACACCUCCAGGGACAACCGACGCCAACGUCACCCAGUCUCCACCGAAUAGAAAGACACGUUUUUUUAGAACGCUCAUUCCGUCAAGUAUAACUAACUCUGAAGUCAGCGCUGUGUGGAGAGACUGGUCAAGGACACACAAGCCUGCAUGAUUAAUGCUUGUGUGUUGUUGUGAUUCCUGUCAUAGCAAAGCUGCAUAAACACAACCACUGGACACAUAACCCCCUAUGUCUUGUUUAUUUCCUGUCUGGACUGGACUGUGGCCAAAACUGAGCAACUCACAAAAGGAAAUUAAAUAUCACCAUACAAGGGGUUCUCAGUUUUACAACGGAGCAGGGACAGACUAACCAUUAGGCAAGCACAGGCAAUCGCCUAGGACCCAGUGAUUUCCAGGGACUCCCAAACAUCUCAAUAAAGCGGAUUAAUAAAG